AUGUGUCAUGCAAAACUAUGGAAAGAUGAAUCGGUUAGAGGGAAACAAAAAAGGAAUACAUCUUAUUCCUUAUGUUGUGGUUACGGCAAAGUUGAGCUACCACCCUUAAAAGAGGCACCUUCAUCUUACAAAAAUUUUUACCGUUCCGUAGAUUCUAAAAGCAAAUACCUCAUGAAGAACAUUCGACGUUACAAUUCAGUGUUUUCAUUUACAUCAAUGGGAGACAAAGUUGAUUCAUCUAUCAACACAGGCAACGCACCAUACAUAUUCAGACUUAGCGGUCAAAAUUAUCAUAGUAUGGGAAGUCUUCUACCUACAGGUGGAUCAAGACCAAAAUUCUGUCAGUUAUACAUAUAUGAUACGGAUAACGAGAUUUCAAAUAGAUCGACAAGUAUUAGUGGACCAACAAUUGCUUCUACAUCAAGUUCAAGAUCAUAUGAUCUCCAGAUUAUAGAAUUUUUGAAGGUUAUGUUAGAUUCAAACAAUGCGUUGGUCAAGUCUUAUAGAAUGGUAAGAGACAGUCUUCAUGAAAAUCCUGGCGCUAAUUUGAAGUUAAGACUAAUCGGAAAAAGAGAACAAGAUGGAAGGACGUAUAACUUACCAACUUCUUCUGAGGUAGCCGCUUUAAUUGUUGGUGACAUUCGUGACUCUAUUGAAAAAAGAGACAUCAUUGUUGAAACCUCAUUAGGAUUACUAAAGCGUAUCAGUGAAUUACAUCCUUCUUACCUUGCUCUUCAGUAUCCAUUACUAUUUUCAUAUGGCGAUGAUGGUUACAGAGUUGACAUCCUUCAUAGAGGUAUUACAUCUUCAAGUAACAGCAAGCGCCCAACAUGUACGAUGAGAGAAUUUUUCGCUUACAGAAUUCAAGAUAGAGAUCAAUCGUUCUCACUACUUCUUAAUGCAAAAAGGUUGUUCCAACAAUUUUUAGUUGAUGGUUAUACCAUGAUUGAAAGUGAGCGAUUAUUUUUCAUACGUAAGCAACAAAAAAUUCUUAGAUGUGAGUCUUAUGAGAAUUUGCGUAAUCAUCAAGCACGUGGCAGUACAGAUAUUUCGGACGUUGGGCAACGUGUGAUCUUACCUUCUUCAUUUACCGGUGGUGCACGUUAUAUGAUGCAAAACUAUUUGGAUGCCAUGUCGCUAUGUAAAUGGUUUGGAUAUCCAGAUUUUUUCAUAACCUUUACGUGUAAUCCAAAAUGGCCAGAAGUUCAAAGGUUUCUUAAGGACACUCCACUUCAUCCUGAAGAUAGACCGGAUAUAUUAUGUAGGUUAUUUAAGAUUAAGUUGGAUGCAUUUAUUAAAGAUUUAAGGGAAAAUGAAAUUUUUGGCAUAGUUCAAGCAGUGGUUUACACAAUUGAAUUUCAAAAAAGAGGUCUGCCUCAUAGUCAUAUAUGUUUGUUUAUGCAUUCUGACUGCAAGCUUCCUACAGUUGAAUAUAUCGAUCCAAUCAUUUCUGUUGAGAUUCCAAAUAUUGAUGAAGAACCAGAAUUGUAUUCACUUGUCAAGGAGUUCAUGAUUCACGGUCCAUGUGGAGCUCAAAAUUUCAAUUGCCCAUGCAUGGUUGACAGAAAGAGAAGAAAUGAUGGAAAUUUUGUUGAAAAAUCUGGUGUUCAGUUAGAUAACAGAAAUGUUGUUCCAUACAACAAAUAUCUGUUAAAAAGAUAUAAGGCACACAUUAAUGUUGAAUGGUGCAAUCAAGUAUCUUCUAUAAAAUAUUUAUUUAAAUAUAUAAACAAGGGUCCUGAUAGAGCGACUGUUGCUAUGGUGCAAAGCAAUAAUGAUUCUGAUAACAGCGAUGCAGUGGAUGAAAUCAAAGAAUACUAUGAUUGUAGAUAUAUAUCUGCAUGUGAAGCAUCAUGGAGAAUUUUUAAAUAUGAUGUUCAUUAUAGGCAUCCUGCUGUGAUUAGACUACCUUUUCAUUUGCCUGGUCAACAACAAGUUGUAUAUGACGCAGACGAUGAUAUUGAAGAUGUUCUUGACCGGCCUUCAGUUGCUUCUUCAAUGUUCAUAUCUUGGAUGAAGUGUAAUGAGAUCAAUAAAGAAGCACGAAAACUUACAUAUGUUGAAUUUCCUACCAAGUUUGUUUGGAAACCUAAACUUCAAACUUGGAAGCCAAGGGAAGUUGGAUUUUCUAUUGGUAGAAUUCACUCAGUUUCACCUAAGCUUGGUGAAGCAUAUUUUUUAAGAAUUCUUUUAAAUAAAGUGAAAGGUCCAAAAUCCUUCGAAGAAAUUCGCACGGUCAAUGGUGAAAUUUGUUCUUCUUUUAAAGAUGCAUGUUAUAAUCUGGGCCUUUUAGAUGAUGACAAAGAAUACAUCGAAGCAAUUAAGGAAGCAAGUCUUUCUGGAUCUGGUUUUUAUCUACGUUUCUUAUUUGCUACGAUGUUAUUAUCCAACAGUUUGUGUAAACCAGAGAUUGUGUGGGAAAACACAUGGGAAUACCUGUCAGAUGGAAUUCUUUAUUCUCAACAAAAGAGAUUAAAGUCUCCAGAACAAAUUUUACUCCGAAACAAUUCCAGUCUAAAGGACUAUAGAAGGAUGCCUUACCCAGAUGCUGAUUUGGUUUCAUCUUCAAACAAUCGUUUGAUAGCCGAGGAGCUAGAUUAUGACAUACCAAAUUUGAAGAAUGAGUUUGAUCAACUCUUUGUUUCAUUAACCGACGAGCAACGCAACAUUUUUCUUGAUAUAAUGGCUAAGGUUAAAAAUAAUAAGGGAGGUGUAUUCUUCAUUUAUGGUUAUGGUGGAACGGGUAAGACAUUUCUCUGGAAGACUAUUUCCGCAGCAAUUAAAUGCCAAGGAGAGAUUGUUUUAAACGUUGCUUCAAGUGGGAUCGCUUCUUUAUUGUUGACUGGAGGCAGGACAGCACACUCUCGAUUUAUAAUUCCCAUAAAUCUUACCGAGGAUUCUUUUUGUAGAAUAAAUCCAAAGAGUGAUCUUGCAAGUUUAGUAAGAAAAGCCUCAUUGAUUGGGAUGAAGCACCGAUGA